AAGAGCAAGAGCGAGGGUGGUAGCCGGCGCCGGUGGGCGGUUUUCUUUGCUAUCACUGCUCUGAUCAUCGCUCUGGCCGCUGCUUCCACCGCCUCCCCCAAGAUCUCUCUCUUCGGUAAAGUCAAUAAGCUCUGCAGCUGCUCCCAGCAGCAGAAAUAUACUGGGAUUGUGGAAGAUUGCUGUUGCAACUACGAGACGGCUAACCUUUUGAACGAGGAAGUAUUGUAUCCGUCUCUCCAGGAGCUUGUGAAAACCCCAUUCUUCCGUUAUUUCAAGGUGAAAUUAUGGUGUGACUGUCCUUUCUGGCCGGAUGAUGGCAUGUGCAAAUUGAGGGAUUGCAGUGUCUGUGAAUGUCCGGAUAAUGAGUUCCCUGAGUUGUUUAAGAGGCCUUUCCGCCGUGGUCUGCCCUCAGAUGCGCCUAUUUGUCAAGAAGGCAAGCCGGAGGCUGCCGUCGAUCGCACCCUUGAUCAUAGAGCUUUUAGGGGUUGGACAGUGACUGAUAACCCAUGGACAAAUGAUUAUGAGACUAACAAUGAUGAGAUGACGUAUGUGAAUCUGCAACUGAAUCCUGAACGCUAUACUGGAUACACUGGUCCAUCA